GAACAGAUGAUCAAAGUGCAGACCACAUGAAGGACUCUCCUAAAACAAUGAAUGAUGUUUUGAAGAGAGUCAAAAACCAACACAAAAUGAACAUGAAGAACAAGUAUGAGAAAUUAUUUGAGGGAAUCAAACUCCAAGAUAAUGUAACCUUCCUGAACAGGAUCUACACACAGCUCUAAAUAAUAGAAGCAGAGAGAGAAGGAGUGAAUGAAGAACAUGAGGUUUUACAGAUGGACAAAACAGCCAGAACACAACACUCACAAGACACUCCAAUCUAUUGCAAUGACAUCUUUAAAGCCUCCACUGAAGCAGGAUGUGAGGAGAAAGAGCAGAUCAAGACUGUUCUUACUAAAGGCAUCGCUGGGAUCGGAAAAACCGUCUCUGUGCAGAAGUUCAUUCUGGACUGGGCCGAGGGAAAAGCCAAUCAGGAUGUAGAUUUCAUGUUUGUGCUUCCAUUUCGAGAGCUGAACUUGAUCCCAGAUCAUCAGUACAGUCUUCACAGACUUCUGCUGGACUUUCAUCCUGAACUUCAAGAUCUGGACCCACAGAUUUAUGAGCAGUGUAAAGUUGUGUUCAUCUUUGAUGGUCUGGAUGAAAGCAGAAUCACAAUGAUGUUUUCAGAUGCUCAGAAAGUUUGUGAUGUGACUGAGACUUCAUCAGUGGCUGUGUUGAUGUCAAACCUCAUGAAAGGAGAGCUGCUUCCCUCUGCUCUCAUCUGGAUCACCUCCAGACCAGCAGCAGCCAAUCAGAUCCCCUCCAAAUACAUCCACCGUCUGACAGAAAUUCAGGGAUUCACUGAGCCUCAGAAGGAGGAAUAUUUCAGGAAGAGAAUCAGUGAUGAGCAUCAAUCCAGCAGAAUCACCUCACACAUCAGAAGAACAAGAAGCCUCCACAACAUGUGCCACAUCCCCGUCUUCUGCUGGAUCUCAUCCACUGUGCUUCAGAAGCUCCUGGAAGAAGAUCUGAGAGCAGAAAUCCCUCAAACUCUGACUGAAAUGUACAUCCACUUCCUGCUGAUUCAGAUCAACAUGAGGAACCAGAAGUAUGAAGAGAGAGAUCCAGAGAAACUCCUGCAGUCCAACAGAGAAGUGAUUGUGAAACUUGCUGAAGUGGCUUUCAAACAACUGAUGAAGGGCAAUGUGAUGUUCUAUGAGGAGGACCUGAUUGAGAGCAGCAUAGACAUCACUGUUGCUUCAGUGUAUUUUGGGAUUUGUACUGAGAUCUUUAAGGAGGAAUCUGUGAUUCAUCAGAGGAAAGUUUACAGCUUCAUUCAUCUGAGCGUUCAGGAGUUUCUCGCUGCUUUCUAUGUGUUUUACUUUCACAUAAGCAGCAAUACAGAAGCAUGUUUAGAUUCUCUGCAUGAUCUGCUUAAAAGAGCAGUAGAUAAAGCCCUUGAGAGUAAAAAUGGCCAUCUGGAUCUGUUCCUGAGGUUCCUGCUGGGCAUCUCACUGGAGUCCAAUCAGAGACUCUUACAGGAUCUACUGACACACACAGAGAACAGCUCAGAGAGCAUCAUGAGAACCACACAGUACAUUAAAGAGAAGAUCAAAGAUGGACAUGGACUUUCCACUGAAAGAUCCAUCAAUCUGUUCCUCUGUCUGCUGGAAGUGAAAGAUCAGACUCUGUCCAGAGAGAUUCAGGAGUUUGUUAAAUCAGACAAACACUCAGAGAAACUCUCUCCUGCUCACUGCUCAACAAUCUCCUACAUGCUUCAGAUGUCAGAGGAAGCGCUGGAUGAGUUUGACCUCAAGAAAUACAACACAUCAGAUGAGGGGAGAAGAAGACUGAUACCAGCUGUGAUCAACUGUAGAAAAGCUCUUCUUGCUGGCUGUAAUCUAACUGGUAAGGAUUGUGAAAUUGUGGCAUCAACUCUACAAUCCUCAAGCUCUGUCCUGAGAGAGCUGGAUCUGAGUAACAAUGACCUGCAGGAUUCAGGAGUGAAGCUGCUCUCCAAUGGACUGAAGAGUCCAAACUGUCAAUUGGAGAGACUGAGGUUAUCUGGCUGUAUGGUGACAGAGGAAGGCUGUGGUUAUUUGUCUUUAGCUCUGAGUUCAAACCCCUCACAUCUGAGAGAGCUGGAUCUGAGCUACAAUCACCCAGGACCAUCAGGAGUCCAGCUGCUCAAACACAAACUGGAGGAUCCAAAUUAUAAACUGGAAACACUCAAACUGGAUCAUGGAGGAGAUACCAGGAUCAAACCAGGACUGCAAAAGUAUGCAUGUGAUCUCACACUGGAUCCAAACACAGCACACACUCAACUCAUCCUGUCUAAAGACUACAAAAAAACAAAAUGUGUGAAAGAUCAUCAGCCAUAUCCUGACAAUCCAGAGAGAUUUGAGCGCUUUGAGCAGGUUCUGUGUCAACAGAGUUUGACUGAACGCCAUUACUGGGAGGUUAAAUUAAGAGGAUGGGGUCAUAUAGCAGUGGCAUAUAAAGGAAUCAAUAGAAAAGAAGGGAGCGAUUGUCGGUUUGGGCUCAACGACAAGUCCUGGAAUCUUUAUUGUUGUGAUAAGAUUUAUUCUGCCUGGCACAAUAAUGAGAGGAAAAACAUUCCUCUCCCUUCAUCACCCAGUGAUAGAAUAGGUGUCUAUCUGGACUGGCCAUCCGGCUCACUGUCCUUCUACAUCAUCUCUGACACACACAGACUCACACACUUACACACAUUCAACACCACAUUCACUGAACCCCUCUACGCUGGGAUUGCAGUUUAUUAUGGUUAUUCAAUGUCUCUGUGUUAGAUUUAAUAAGCUUCUGUGAGAAACCACAGAGACAUAUAUGGAAGCCCCCAAAACACUUGCUGUAAAGAUUUAAAUAACCAAACACUUAAGAUUCUAUAAUUUGAUCAUUAAUAUAGUGAUUAAUGUGUUUCUGGGAUAUUAUAUGUUAAACGAUGCCAUGUUGCUUUAAUUUCUUAAACAACCAAGUCAGACAACAUACCCCUGGUCAUUUUCCAAGUUGAUAAUGCUAUUGGAUUCAACAAAAGUGUUUAU